CCAAUUGGGCAAAGAACAACCAUGACAGGGGGAAGGAAGAAUUUGAAAAGGGCUGUCCAAGAAGAAUUUUUGACUCUUCAAAAAGGACAAAGCAUUAUGCAGGUUGUGGACCUUCGAGGUUCCAAUCUUAUUCAAGUAACGGAUGCGAAAGGUGAAACAUCAUUAGCAAUAUUCCCAGCUAAAUUUCAAAAGAGCAUGUGGAUUAAAAGAGGCAAUUUUGUUGUGGUGGAUGAGAGUGGCAGAGAAGAAGCUACUGAAUCAGGUAGAAAAGUGGGAUGUGUUGUUACGCAGGUUCUCUAUCAUGACCAGGUCCAUGUGCUUCAAAAGUCACCUGAAUGGCCAGAGAUCUUCAAAUUCACAGAAGUAGAGAAUUCAAAACAGGAUACGCAGUCACAAAAUUCUCAGGUGGAUGAAAAUGAAGACUCAAGUGAUGAUGAUGGACUCCCUCCAUUAGAAGCCAAUACAAACAGAUUAAAUCCUUUUCAACGGGAGUCUGAAACAGAGUCUGAUUCAGAUACUGGUCCCUGAUCCAUAUUUUGGGACCUUCUGGGCGUCAUUUCGUUUCUACUGACAGAGUAGGUGUAAAGGCAUUGCUUUCUUUGAAAGUUAUUAAUUGUAAAUCUGCUUGCUAUUGGAUCAGUGUAUCUUAAUAGAGUAGUUUCUAUGUCAAGCCCAUAUCUGGGGUGGGUGAACUUCUGGAUUUCUGCAUUUGAUUUUUAUCAAAGAUAUGUCUUCUAAUGCUA